AUGCGCUCUUUCAUCACCUUUGCGGCUCUCGCCCUUUCCGCUUCGGAUCUGGUUUCUGCCGGUCCCUGUAAGCCUCGUCCCACCACCACCGCCGGUGCUGAGACUUCUGCCACUGGCAUCGAGACCUCUGCUACUCUUGGUCUCGAGACUUCCGCCACUGCUGGUGUCGAUACCACUGCUACUGUUGGCACUGAGACCUCCGCUACUGCCGGUGUCGAUACCACUGCUACCGUUGGCACUGAGACCACUGAUGUUGCUUCUCAGCCUAUCCUCUCCCCUGAGGAUGGUCCCGUUACCAACGCCUGCGCUGGUGGUGGCAUGACCAGCCUUGAGCCCUUCACCGUUGAGGGUGAUGUCUCUAUCAACGGAGAUGAUGGUUACACUGGCGAUGACAGCGCUGAUACUUCUUGUGCUGACUUGAAGGCUGAGUCUACUGGUCCCACUCGCAAGCGUGCUGCUGGCACGGUUGCUGCCAUCGGACAGCCUCUCACCGGUCUCGACACCAAGAAGAAGUACACCGUCCAGUUCUACUACCGCGUCACCACCCCUCCCUCUGAGAACACCGCCUGUACCAUCGAGGCUUCCAUCGGUGACAUCAGCUUCUACAGCGCUGGCAUCUUGUCCACCGGUGCUACCGUCAGCUACAACCACGUUCUCGUUUCCACCUCUGUCAACGCUGCUGAGGCUGAGCUGAGCAUCAAGACCACUUGUGCUAACGGUGGUUCUGCCUCGGUCCUGAUUGACUCUAUCUUCUUGUCCAACCAGGUUACUCCUGAGAACAUCGACCAGUUCGCUCUUAGCUUUGAUGGUCAGGUUCGUGAGCCUGCUAAUAAGCCCACUAGUGCUGUCGCUCAGCCUACCUCCGCUGCUGGUGGCAACAACGGUGGUAACAACGGUGGUGACAAGACUACCUCUGCUGUUGAGGGUGGAGCUACUUCAAACCCCACUGAUGGUUCUUCCAACACUGAUGGUUCUUCCAACCCUACCCAGGGUGGCUCUGACUCUACUGAGGGCAGCUCCAAGCCUACCUCUGUUGCUGGCGGUGACUCUUCCGAGACUACCGCUCCUGCUGGCUCUGUUUCUUCUGCUUCCGUUCCCGCCGGUUCUGACAACACCUCCGUCCCUGCCGGCUCUGACUCUACUCAGACCCAGGGUUCCGGAUCUCAGCCUACCACCGCUCCUGGUUCCGACUCCGAGACCACUGCCCCUGCCGGAUCCGAUGAGACUACCGUCCCGGCUGGCUCCAACCCCACCACUGUCGCCUCUGAGGGCUCUGUCUCUUCUGCUACUGCCCCCGCUGGAUCUGACGAGACCUCCGCUCCGGCCGGCUCUGACUCCACCCAGACUUCCGCUGCUGGUUCCAACCCUACCUCCGUCGCUUCCGAGGCCUCUACCGAGACCACCUCCGCCCCCGUCGAGAACAACGCCUCCACCCAGACCCAGGGCUCCGACUCUCAGUCCACUGCCGUCUCUGAGGGCUCUGACUCCGCUACCAGCGCUGCUUCCGAGGUCGACUCUGCCACCACUGUCAGCGAGGCUGCUUCUCAGCAGACCACCACUGCUCCCGUCGACAACGAGUCCAGCCAGACCACCUCCGCUGCUGUUGAUGACUCUGUCUCUUCCGCUACCGCCCCUGCUGGUUCUGACUCUACCUCCGUUGCUUCUGAGGGCUCCGUCUCUUCUGCUACUGCCCCUGCUGACAGCGAGUCCACCUCCGUUGCCUCCGUCGAUGACUCUGUCUCUUCUGCUUCUGUCCCUGCUGGCUCUGACUCUACUUCCGUCCCUGCUGUCGACGCUGCUACCACCACUACUGCUCCUGCCGACAGCGAGUCUACUUCCGUUGCCUCCGUCGCCUCUGUUGAGUCUACCUCCGCUGCCAUCAGCGAGUCUAGCUCUGUCGCCGUCACUGAGUCCUCUUCCGCUGCUGUGACCGAGUCUUCGUCCGCCGCUGUCUCUGAGUCCAGCUCUGCUGCUAUCACCGAGUCUGCCUCCUCCACUGAGACCUUCGCUACCACCACCAUGACUGCCAGCGAGACUGAGACCACCACCGCUGCUGCCUUCGUCGCCCGCGCCGAGCCCGAGCGCACUGGCUGUCUUAGCGUCGCCAACUCUGUCUCCAACGCCGGUUUCGAAGACGGCAUCACGGACUGGACCACCACCGGCUCCGCCAACAUCGUUCUCGACGAGAGCCUCGGCGCCUACACCCACACCAUCGGAACCAAGGGUCUCGCCUUCUCCGGCUCCCUCACCGGCGCUGCCUUCCAGACUCUUACCAACCUCGAUGAGCUCGAGAACUACAUCGCUACCUACGCUUACUACGUUGCCAACGGUGAGGAUCUUCCCUUCAACGAGAACAACGCGUGUCAGCUCAAGGUCACCCUUGGUGGUGAGGAGAUUGAGUCGUUCAACCCCUUCGAGGAUGCUCAGGGUAGCGACAACUUCCGCAACCGACGGGCCAACAUCUAUGCUCCCUCUGCUGCUGCUGAUCUCAAGUUCGAGCUUACCUGCGACGAGAACACUGAUGACUUCACUCUCAUGGUUGAUGACAUUUGGCUGGUUCGCUGCGAUGACAUCUAA